AUGGCUGCCACCUCCCAGUUUGCUGGUCGCUACAAGAAGAGUUUGAGCAGAGGAGAAGAGACCCUGAGGACCAAAGUGGCACGCAGGAAGUCGAUCAUUCAGAAGGAGAACAGGCACAAGCUCUUUGAGAAGGGAAGGCAGUUUGGGCUGGCAGAUGUCAAUGUGCAGCUCACCAGAGACAAGGGAAUUCCUGAACUCAAGGACUCAAAGGAAAUGUGCUCCCAAGAGAACAGCAGUGUCAAGCAGAAACAAGCCCCAAGUGCAGCCACCAUGAGGAUGAAUGCGCGCAGGGAAAUGCUGCAGCGCUAUAAGGAGGAGAAGGAACUGCGAAAACUGGUGGAGCAGAGAGAGAAAGCCAAGAAAGAAGUGUUUAAAGUUGGGCUGUACAGACCAGCUGCACCUGGAUAUCUUGCACAUCAGGAGCCAGUGGUGGCAAAGCCAAAAGAGAAGGCAGCUCCUGCUUUCUCUGGAAGGAUUACUCGAUCCAAGGCCAAGCUCCAAGAAGAAAAAUCUCGGAUACCAACUCUGAUACCAACUGCAUCUAAACCCUCUAUGGUCAGUGCCCACGGGCAGAGCGUUCACCCUACACAAACAGCAGGACGGAAACAGAUGGGCACAGCCAAAGUGGCUGAAAAAGAGAAAGUGCUGCAGACUGCAGCCCAACCAGCUUCCAAUGUAAGAAUCACCAGAGCAGCCUCCUCUGCAGCCAGACAGGUGCUGAAACCAACAGCUGCUGCUGCUACUGCUGGUAACCAGGCACAGAGAAAGGCAGCAAACAUAGGAAAGCAGAAGGCACUAACAAUAUCUCCUUUAGGUAUCUCAGAAAUGUUUCCUUCUAAACGUGAAGUGGGGAAAAAUGCUCGAGUGAAUCCAGAGGUGAAAGGUUCUGCAGCUGAUUCCAAACAUUCAGCACCAGCUGAGCUUCAGCAAGAGCAAACCUCAGUGGAAAACAGCAACUCUGCUCCAGUGAGACCUAGAACUCGAUCUUUUGCACCCCAAAACUUUGUGUUUCAGCCACUGAGUGGAUUAACAACCUACAAAGUCACACCCCUGUCUCCUUCAAGUGCAAAGGCUUUCCUGGAACCCAAUUCCUUCUGGGAUUUUUCUAAAUCUCCAGUCAAAACAAUUGGAAAAUCCAGUGAAACUAAAGCACAAAAGGCUAAUUUAAAAAGUCAAGUUCCACCUGUUGCUACAGACACUCAAGAACAGCAGAUGAGCAUAGGUUUGGAAGGAGGAAAAGCAGGUGAAUCAGAUGAGAAAACUUCCAGUCAGAGGUCAGAUGAAACAGCUCCUGUCUCUACAAAUACCACAGCAGUUGAAGCAAAGUCAGAUGGCACAGGAGAGCAAGAGCAUGAUGUGCCCUACUUCAGGAAUAUUCUUUGGACUGAGAGAGAGAGGCUGAUGUCUCAGUGCCUGCAGUGGGAUGGGAACCUGGAGCAGAACAUUCCAGAGGAUGCUAAAGAUCUGAUUCGCACCACGACUGGUCAGACGAGGCUGCUCCUGGGAGAGAGGUUCAAACAGUUCGAAGGCCUCGUGGAUAACUGUGAGUUUAAACGAGGUGAAAAAGAGACAAUGUGUUCAGACUUGGAUGGAUUUUGGGAUAUGGUCAAUUUUCAGAUUGAAGAUGUGAAUAAAAAAUUUGAUCAUCUGAAGAAGCUUCAAGACAAUGAGUGGCAGCCACUUGAUGUCCCAAACAAAACACUUGUCAAGAAAAAGGCCAUUCCAAGUGGAGCACCCAAAGCCAAGCUGGAAGCAGCUGGCAGAGCUGCUGCCCGGAGCCGCCUGGCGGCUGUCAAAGCAGCCAUGAGGGAUAAAAUGAAGCAUGAGGGAGCUGCUGAUGGGACAUACCAGGAGACUGUGCCAGAAGUAGAAAAAGUGGUUUUUGAAGCAGGUUUUUUCAGGAUUGAAAGCCCUGUGAAAAACUUCUCAGGUUUGCUUUCCAAGACACCUUGUAGAUCUUCCCAGAGGACUUCUGGAAAACUGGCAACUCCAAGAUCCUCCCGUAGAGCUUUGCUUCCAAAUGUUCCUUCUGCUCUCCGUGACCCUCAGGAUGCAACUGCAAAACAAACACCAUCAGGGCUCAAAUGCUUCCACCCAGCACACAAUUUGAAAAUGCACCAACUUUGCACUGGAACAACUCCCCCAUUGGACACACUCCCUGAUGGUGUUCCUGAGCAAAGCAUUUCCAUGGCUGCAGAAGAAUUCUGUCCUGUUGCUGGCACAGCAGAGGGAGCUAAGGUGCUGGAAAAUUCUAGCAGUGAAUCAAAAGCAGUGGAUGACAUGGAGGAGAUGGAGCUCUCUGCUGCAGAACAGGGACAGGAUAUUGUCAUGUGCAGCCCAGAGAAGGAUCCUGACACUGAGACAAACUUCGCUCAGUCCAGAGAACCAGACAUAGAUGCAACAGAUACUUUAUGUAGUGAUUUGACAUCCAUUGACAGAAAUCCUUUUGAUAUGCCAGUGCUGAAUGCUGAGCUUCCCUUCACUCCAGUCAAGACCAAAGCCCAGAAGUUUGCAGCAGCUGAAGUGUUCAGUGACCUCAUUGUGUUUUCUCCCCUUGCUCCCUCUGGGGAUAAUUGA